AUGUCUUUGCGUACCGUCCUUCUUUCCAUCCAGUCCCUCCUGGCCUCUCCGGAACCAGACGACCCACAGGACGCAGUUGUUGCGAACCAACUAAAAAGCAGUCCCCAAGCGUUUACACGAACGGCCCAACAUUGGGCGGCCAUCUACGCAAAUGGACCCCACAAGGAUCCCGAAUGCAACGCUCUGGUUGAAAAAUUGGUUCACAUGGGCUUUGAUGAAGUAUGA